UAGAGUAGCGGUUAGCGCUAAUGCUGCUGCGAAGCCCGACGGCCCGAGGUUUCCCGCUCACGGCCACCAACAUCGGUGGCGAUUAUCUGAACCCGGUCCUGGGCCCUCCCCAAGGUCAGCUCAGCCUCAAACGAGUACCUGAUGCGGGCGUGAAAACAACAUCGGCGCUUGGGGGGGAGACAAAGGCGGUCGGGCGUUGUGCUCGCCUUCAUAGGUGUUCCUCGCUAACAGCACUUCCCCCUCCCCCCAAAAGGUCUGGGGGAAGGCUGUCUCUACGGGGGCUCUUUGGCUUUGGUUGUAGGCGGUACCUGGGAUCCCACCUAGGCCAAUGACACUGGUGGUAGCCCCCCCCUUGCCCCCCCCACAACGGCGCUCGCGCUGGGGAUGAGGUGGGGUGACGUCACGCCUAUAUGAGUGGGAUGCGCGGGGGAGGAGGUGACACACGGAGUGAAGGGAUCUCGCGAGGCAGAGAGAGCCAGGCUUGAGCCGACCGGACGCAACCGAUGGACAGAGGCGCACGCGUUGUGUAGAAUUGAACCGCGUUAAUUCAGGCACGGUAAUAAAACAAAAUCAGCAGCAGCAGCGGCAGCAGAAUUGGGACCAAUUGACGCGCAACAGAAUCGAAUUGUUUUUUUUAUCCGACAAAAGGGGGCUCGAGACGACAACAAUCGAAGAAGAAGACUCCUCGACGGUUAUUUAUCCAACGUCGAGCGUAAUAAUCCUCGCCGCUGUCAUUAGUACUGCUAUUGAUUUGAUUGCUGUGGUGCCGGUGGCGUCAGUGUAACGAACGCGUUUCGUCGGCCGAUCGCAGCGGCGGCAGCAGCAACAGCGGCGGCUGCAUCAUCAUCGUCGUCAACAGCAGCGGCGGUGGCAGCUGGUUAACUGUCAGAGAGGCAUCGAUCUCCAAUCGCGUUGCGGUCGCAUUGAAAGGAGGACAGGCGAGGGACAAAGAGACCGAGGCGCAGAGAAGAAGAAGACGAGAGGACACGGGCUUGCUACGACUCCCUGAAACGAGGGGACGGCGCGCAAUUAGACAGAGACAAGGAGGGGGGGAGGAGAACGACAGCGGCGCGGAGACCAGAAGAGGAGGAAGAGACGGAGAGACGCCGAGGGAACAGAGCGUGAAGGAGGAGGGGAGAGAGCGGAGAAUUGAAGAGCGCUUGGCGCAGGCAUGUCGGAGGUGAUGCCCUACGCGGAUGAGAAGCUGGCUCGCUUCCCCGAGGGAUCGGACGUGGGGCAGCUGGCCUUCUCGUGCCGCCUCCAGGGCACGGACAACUUCUACGGCAGCGGGGGAGGAGGUGGUGGAGGAGGAGGCGGCGGCGGUGGUGGAGGAGGUGGAGGAGGAGGAGGUGGAGCCGGUGGGCAAGGAAAGCGACCUCCCAAGUUGGGUCAGAUCGGACGCACGCAGUGCGUUGUCAUCGAGGACGAGCGGAUUGAUGACGUGCUCAAGGGCCUAUCGGACAAGACACCGCCCAAUUAAAUCGAUCGACCCCAUCGAUCGAUCGACAGAGCGACGAGUCAGCCAAUCAUCAACCCAUCGACCAACCAAUCAAUCAAGGGCAGCAGAGUGAGAAGCCCUCGCGUUCGGGCAAAUGCCAUCGAUAACAGUGCACUGCGAAUCAUCAUCGCAUAUGGCACACACACACAUAUAUACGCUGUGUGUGUGUGUGUGACAUUGAUAUCAACGGGGGAAUUACAAUAUCAGCGGACCUUUGACACGAUCGGGAAGACGCGUGUAGCAGGCACACGGUGUCGGUGAGCGUGACGUGCGUGCGUGCGUGCGUGCACGUGCACACACGCGCUCGCGAGCUCUGCGGGCCGCGGCUUACGUCCCCAACACCGACGGGGGGGAGAUGGAGCAAAUGGACACAACGCCUUAACUGCACUGUCGCCACGGAAACCGACUUGAGGCUGCCACUUUCGGCAAGCCAGCAGUGGAGAACGGAGAUGCGGGCCGGGACGGGACGGGACGGGGUGGGGUGGGGAGGGGAUGAUGCGGGGGAUCGCUGGGAAGGAACUGCGGGCGAUUAUUUCGGCGAAGGGGAAAUUAUUUUGGGGGGGUGGGUGGGUGGGUGGGGGGAGGGGGGCGGAUUGGUUCGCCCAAUCCGCUCGUUUCUUUGGCUGUAUUAUUAUUAUUAUUUUGUUUUGCAUGAAGUAUUUAUUAGAGAGGUGUGUGCGAUUAUAGCACUACAUGUGUCGUCAGUGGUGUGAUGGGGAAAAUGUUUUUUACUGUAUUAAAUCUAUAUAACCGCACACGCGCGCGCACACACACAAACACACACUGACGUUUCCACCGGGCACUCUGGUUCAUCCCACAAGCAAACGUACUCGACAACAACAACAACAACAAUAAAGUUGUAAUUGGCCAAACCAUCCCAAGUCAGGAUCCUCUUGAAAAUGGGUGUUGAGACUCCCUCUUUGCCAAGCGGCACACUCGCUAGCCAGCGACACAGCGUGACCCUGUUUAAAGGGUGGAAUAGAUAAAUAUAUACGAUUUUUGUAAUGUUUGUCUAUCGUGCAUACUGCUCUGGCCUCUCACCAACUAAGUGUUUGUGACGCACAAACAAAACAUCAAUUGUUUUAUUCGUGUGUCACACUUCCCGUUAAGCGGCAGGGCCAUUCUCCUCGCCAGGGCAUUUGAUCAGCAGCAUCGGUUAAACACGAGCAGACUUUGGAGCGGCGUCGAAAUUCAGUGUCUCGUUUGUGCAAUCCGUCAGCCUUUGCUUUAAACCAAUGCUGGUGAAUUAGCGGGACGUUUAUCGGCGUUAUAAUGGCCACUGGUGUUAAUAAAAUACGGCUGCCAAACCCCUGGUUGACUUUGACAGCAAGUAAAAAUAUUUCGGCAGUGACACCGGGACCCAACACUCCUCAUUCGUCCGAUAACACUGGUCUACGGCCAAAAUGCUUCCGAAAUAAAUGUAGUCCAACUUGACUAAUUCUGCAGUUAUAACCGCUCACGCUCAGAGAGAGUGAGUGAGUGAGGCCGAAUGGCCCCGACUCCCGUGAGCCUACUGAACACCAGCGCGGCGUUUCAGUUGGCCCAGCCGCGAGGGGACAUGUUGAUCCGCUGCUAGAUGAAGACCCACCCUGCCACACCACCCCCCCCCCCCCACCACGACCCCAAAACGAUUAACCGAAUCACGAUUAUUAUUGAUUUAUUUAGGCACAGCCACGCCCAAUCCCUCCAUAUAUGGGCCCCCGCAAACAUUAACAUUAUUUGAUCAUUAAUUCCGUGAGCGAGAUUAAUGAUGUCCCGUUACAGCAGGCAGGCCCGAUCCUUCCAUUAUAUACAAGGGGCCUGAAACGUUGCGCAUCGUUCACCGUUCAUUCGGUGAGCGGGAUUUCAACGUCCACCUUUUGCGGACUCGCACACCUCCUACCCGCCGCCAAGCGCACGCGCUGUGUCGUCGACGAAAAUUCACGCGCGCGCCUGGGCGGGCGCGUAUGGAAUGCGUCAACGCGUCGAGACGCGCAUUGACCCCCACGUCACAAACUGAACUCCCUCCCCCGACGCAGCAGCUGCCACGUAGUUUAGUUUUUUUUUGGUUGGUGUUUGGUGGGUUGGGGGAGAAAUUCAUCCGAGCCAUAUGAAUGAAUGUAAAGUUAUCAAGGAAUUGCAGCCCCGCAAUUCUGCACUCACGCACGACACGACACACACACACGUGCUGCUUGGUGGCAAGGAAGCUCCUGCUGCUGCCUGCGACUGACAGUAACUCUUAUCCAGAGUUCCAUAAUAAUUGUGGGGCUGUAUUAAACAAAUAACUACUAAGUAAAACGCGUACAUAUAUAUACUUUUAAUAUUAAAUAACAAAACGUCUCUAGCUAAAAUGACAUGCGAUGGAAUUCUGUCGACGAGGGUUGUAAGGAGGCGCGCUAACGGAUGUGGGGGGGGGGGGGGUAGGUG